CAGAGAACAAGUUGUGGAUUAAGGAUUGAGGGUUACUCCUAUGGGAGUGCCAUCGUGUGUUUUCUCAUAUGUCAUGAUGAGCUGAGAUAUGAGUAGAUGUUUUUGAUUUGAGAGUCACGCUGCUGUUUAUUUGUUUCCCUGAAAAAAGCAAAUACCCCGAUGGUGGCUGAGAGAGCUGUAGCCCACGAAUCAAAAUGUCUCUUCUACCCAUGUCUUUCUAUUUUUGGGGUGGUGUGACGAGGGUUUUCAGCUUCCUUCUACCAUUACGGCGAUUCAAGGAAUUUCCAAGUUCGAAUUCCAACCUUCGAAGCAGAAAACCUGGAGCAGCAAACAAAUCAAUAUGGGAACGCAACUGCUUUACAGCGCAGAGGAUGUUGCUUCUAUAGUAGCGGAGUAUUCAAACCCUCUCUUCGCUUCACGAAAUGCACUGAUCACGAGGCUGUAGUAUUGUGUUUGUACACGGCUUGAGAGGCGAUCCGAUUGCGACUUGGAGCGAUGGCAAAGUUUGUUGGCCCAGAGACUUCCUUCGAGACGAUGUUCCAAAUACUCGAAUCAUGACGGUAAGCUCUACAUAUGCAAUCCUUGCUUUGUCGCUAAGAUUUUUCAAGUGGGGAUACGAUUCGAACAUUGCGAGUGUGACGGAGUUUUCGAGCGCGAAUAGUAUAUUUGGGCACGCAGAGAAUCUGUUGUUUGAUGUUGCAAGAAGGAGAAGGACAGCAUCGGAGGUAGGUAAUUUCUGAUUACUUCGGCAUACAGAAGAUUGCUGAACCCUUUAGAAAACACGGCCGGUAAUCUUUGUCGGCCACAGCUUUGGGGGUUUGGUGAUCAAGGAGGCUUUGAUCCGAUCAUCUGAAUAUCUUAAUAACCAACAAGACAUGGGCCUGGGGAGUAUUUUCAAAUAUACAUCUGGUGUUAUUUUCUUAGGAACACCACAUCGAGGUAGCGAAAAGACUGGCCUUGGGCAAAUUGUAGCAACAAUUGCGGCUGUGGCUCUUAGGCAACCAAACGAUAAACUGCUGAAGAACCUAGAGAAAGAAUCAGAUGUAUUGGAGAGACAGCGGAGGUCUUUCGCUUCUAUUAGCAAAAACCUUCCCAUUGUUUGCCUAUGGGAAGAAAAGCCCAUGGCAAUUGGCAUCGUGAGCUCAACCCUAUCCAUAUUUAUUACAGUAAGUAAGCUGACAAAGAGUAGAUCGUUACCGAAUGGUCCGCAACAAUCGACGGUUUCAAAGUCAGAAUGAAUUCAAUACCGGCAAACCACUCUGAAAUGUGUAAAUACAAAGACGCGAACACCAUCGGGUAUCAAAGGACUUCGGGAUAUAUCAUGAAUCUCGUGGAUAUCUCUGUUGCUAGGAUCUCUUCAGGUGUGUAACAUUGCUCGUUUCCUAUUUUAUCUUCUGUCAGUCUCGGAGCUCCUACUUAGCUGAUCAGAUUUACUUCAGAUCACGGAGUCGGAGCAUCAAACCCUGGGGUAGAUGUAGAAUAAAGGAUUAAUUAGCUGUUUUUCAAACUCUUCAUACCAUUUAUGAAAUUUUAAAGAUCAAUGUUUCGUGCUCUGUAAAUUCUGAUGAGAGAUUUGAGCUUAACGUUUGUUUCAUAUCUAGUUAACCGCCAACUUAAAGACGAAGAAGCAAAAUGUAGCCAGAUGGCUGUGAGAUGUGAGUAAAGUCUUUUGCUUGAGUUAUCUAUCUAAUGUUCUAAUCCACCAUCAAAGCUGUGCUUCGUACUCUCCAGUUUCGUGCCAUGGACGACCGACACGACCAGAUUGAGGAAGCCCAUAAACAAACUUUUGAGUGGGUCUUUCGGAAUGAUUCAUUUGUCGAAUGGCUGGAGCAUGGAAAUGGCGUCUUUUGGAUAAAUGGAAAGGCUGGGGCAGGAAAAUCAACUUUGAUGAAGUUCUUGUUCAACGAUCCUAGGACGAGACGUCACCUCGAAGUAGAGUCGUCGCAGGACCCAUUAGUAUUGGCUGGGUUUUUCUUCCACGAUCGAGGAACCACACUUCAAAAAUCGCAAACUGGUCUCCUCAAAUCUAUCUUGCAUCAAAUCAUCGGGCAUACCAGAGAGCUAGCGGCAGUAACCUGCGGAGAACGUUAUUCUUCGGUUUACUCAUUCUACCGAAAGAAUCCAGACAAGCUUGUUUAUGAGGAUAUCACAAAGGAGCCGAUGCAACAUGAAUGGUCACGGGCUGAGCUACUUCGAACUUUCAAGAAGAUCCUCCAGCAGAAUGCAUUUCCCGUAAGGCUGUAUCUUCUGGUCGAUGGCCUUGAUGAGUAUGAGGGAGACAAAGAUGAACUUGUAGAUUUGCUGCAAAAUGUAGUAUCUUCACUGGGACGCAAUUCUCGCUUAAAAUUAUGCUUAUCUAGUCGACCCUGGAACAUCUUUCAAGAUGCGUUUGGGGACGGACUCAAUUUCCGGCUUCAAGACCUCACAUACCGAGACAUCAGCCUGUAUGUUUCUGGCAGUUUGAGUAGUAGAGCAAGAGUGAGGGAGCUCGAAGUACUUGACGGCAACAGUACCUCGGAGCUUUUUGACGAGAUUGUUCACAAAGCAGAUGGCGUUUUCCUAUGGGUCAAGCUUGUUGUCAAAUCCCUCAUAAACGGACUUCGCAAUUAUGACAGCAUCGCUGAUUUACGACUCCGACUGGAAGCAUUUCCCAAAGAUCUUGAGCCAUUAUAUGAGCGAAUGAUUGGUGAGAUCGACGAAAUGUAUGUCAAAGAAGCAGUGCAGCUUUUUUACAUUAUGCAGACAACCCGGAAGUCACCAAGGACACUCUCUCUAUGGCGCACGAGUGAGGGACAUCAAACGAAAGUUGUCGAUGACAAACCUGAAUAUCUUACUGCUGAGGAUCAGGUUGCAAGAUGUAUGGAGGUUGAUGGCAGAUUAAGAAGUCGAUGCGCCGGGUUACUUGAGAUCAAGUUCACAGGUAUAUAUUCUUACGAAGAAACACUUCAAUACGGUUCUCUUCAAGCAGAAACAAAGCUACCCCAAAGUCGCUUCGCUCUCGUGGAAUCGACAGUACAAUAUCUUCAUCAAUCUGUCAAGGACUACUUCAAGAAGCCUGAAAUAGUGUCUUUGUUGAGGCGUUUAUGUCCAGAUUUACAGUUUGAACCUCAUGAAUGGUUGCAACGAGCGUAUUUGAGAGAGAUCAGGGAUUGUCUUGGGCACCCAUUUCAGACCUUUAUAUCGAAACGAGAAAAAGAACCUGGAGUCGUCUGGGGCCCCUUGGAUGAAUACAUGCAUCAUACGAGAGCCCUCGAGCUAAAAUAUGGAAUUCCACAGACCAGGCAACUCAAUAGAGUGGACACAAUGCUUCAGCGAGAAAGGAUGUCAGGCGUCAUGUUAAAAACUGACGGCGAUCCCCCUCACUGGUCUACUUGGAGUGGAGGACGAGUGGAGAACUACCCCGUCAACGUCCCAGUAGAAUGGAAAACGUCUCUACUGACAUUCGCUAUUUUAUCGGGGCUUGAAAAAUCGGUUGAACGCACCAUCUCACGACCAGGAUUCAUGAUAAAUCAGCAUCCGGGAAGACCAUUGCUGCACUACGCAAUCAAAGCACAGCCUGGAUAUUCCUCUGUACCAGAUAGUUUCAAAAUGACACAAUUGCUCCUCAAAUACGGCGCGGAUCCAACAAUUCAUUUCAAUGAGGCGAGCGGUUCGUCUGCGUUGCAUAUUGUCACUAAAGAACUGCAGGGACCCUUGACUUGGGAGGAUAAAGAAUGUUUCUUAGUCAUAAAAGAAUUGAUGGUGAGAGGGAACACAUUCAGACGCCCACCAUUGAUGCUGCUACCUCCUACGCCAAAGUCACACUCAAGGGCUUCUUCCCAGGAGUCGAGUCAGAGCGCAAAGAGGACCACAGCAUCGCGAUUUAACAAGAACACCACACACGAAUCCUCUACCCUCGAGAUUCACGGGCCCAAUGAUGCUACAGGAGACGAAAGCGAGAUGUUGACAUUCGCGUGGCAGAAUAAUAAACUUUACGCAGAGCCAGAAGAGGAGGAGUCACACGAGCAUCCCAAGAUAUCUCAUACUUCCGAGACUUGGAAUGGUGGGGUCCGUCCUUCACUGCAGCAGGCUGAUAGAACGAGCACUGAAGAGAAAUCUGGAAGUUGCUUUUGUUGCUUUAGGUGAUGCUUUGGAGCUUGCGCAUGCCUUUGUAAAUGUAUCCGUAUAUUGAAGUUGUAUGUUUUGUGUUUCGAAUGAGUUCUUUAGCACAUGGCGAUAAUUGGGUCCAGAUUCCACUCGUGGGAGACCAGGUCAUUGCUCGCCAUCCGUGUAACCUGGGAAGAUAGCGUGCUAGAGGAUGCGUUAAAUGCACGACAUUGCAUCCUUGAAUUUCUAAUUUUC